AGAAUCAAUUCACUUAUUUUCUGUUCGAUCAUCGUUGCAGACGAGACUGAAAGAUGAAGUUGUCGCUCCUUUUCUUAGGUCUCUUUUUGGUUGCUACUUCUCUGAGCAACCCUGCUCCGGAAAGUAUUAUGGAACUGUUGUUGAAGGCCCGUCAAGACCGUCUUUCCACUCUCGUGCAAGCCAUUCAAGCUGCUGGGUUAGCUGAAACAUUACAAAAGGAGGGCCCUUUCACGCUUUUCGCUCCCGUAAACGAUGCAUUCAAGAAGCUACCAGAAGAAAGUGUUGCAAAAUUAACUGCUACCCCAACUGAACUUAAAAAGUUGCUCUUGCGUCACGUUGUCAAAGGCAAUAUUCCUCUCAGUGAGCUCAAAACUGGCGAUCUGACCAGCCUAGAAGGAGGAAUUUCUAAGAUCACGGUGUCUGCACCAGAUAACAUAACUGUGGACAAAGCCAAGAUCUAUGCUCCGAUGAAUUUGACGUCAACUACGGCUGUUAACGGCGUGAUUCACUUUAUCGAUCACGUCUUACUUCCUUGAACCUCAAGAAAAAAAUGUAUUACGUAUUUUCUAUUCUCAUGAACAGACCGAAACACUGUCAAAAUUACCUUCUGUGUAGCUCUGGGUUGUAUUCAGCAAUCAAUCAAAAUAUACUUUAGUUAUCGCAA